UUCGAUCGUUGUUAACCCUACUUUGGCACAAUCAUCUAUCGCUCUCUCCUUCUCUCUGUCAACGCGCACGCACAAACACGACUACUCAGUGAGUGAGAGGACUCGGCAAGAAAUGGCCAGCUCGAGCUUCGCGUACGUCUUGCUCUUCGCUCUGUUGGCCGCCUCGGCUCUCGGUCAGGCCCCGGGGUCUUCCCCGUCGAAGUCUCCCGCCGCUUCCCCGACCAAAUCCCCUCCCGCGGCCUCCCCGACCGCUCCGGCCCCGUCCCCGGUGGCGACUCCUCCGGCCCCCACGCCCUCUCCCGUCUCCACGCCGCCGACCUCAGCUCCCGUUCCCGCUCCCUCCACCGCGACGCCUCCGUCUUCGGCUCCCGCCUCGUCUCCCGCCUCCUCUCCGCCGGCUCCCCCGGCCUCGACCCCCGGAUCGGCUCCCUCGGCUGCGGUCACCCCUCCACCUGGUGCCGCCGCCCCUUCGCCGACCGGAACUCCACCGGGUUCCGACGGCGCUUUGAACAGAGUCGCGAUCGCCGGAUCCGUGGCUGCGGCGGUGAUGGCCGGUGCUUUGUUGAUGUAGAGGUAGAUCGGUGAUCGCCUUUUGGUAUGGAGGUAGAUAGGUGUUUUAGCUGACUAGUUCUUUGAUUUGUAGCGUUCGGAUUUGUUCUCUCAUUUAUUUUUGCUUGUUUUACUUUGUGGUCGAGGCGACGAUUUUAUCAGGAGACUGGAGAUUUGAUUGGUUGCACUGUUCUAUGAUUAUUAUGAUCGCCAUGGAUUUUUU